GACCUUCAGUCCCAGGCUGCUGCCUUUGUCUUGUGCCAAGAAGCCAGUGCAGCCACCCACCCUUGGCAUUUGUCUCCAUGCAGUAGUGGAGGAGGAGCUGAGGCACUAAUACCUUGAGACUUUCAGUUUUAUGCUUUCUUGACUUACUAAACAGUAGCCCAAUUCUUCAGGAGUUCCAGCAGUGUGAAAUGUAAUCAUAGUGUUAGUGCAUUUUGGUACUGGAAUGAUGACUACUGCCGAAGUUGUCAAGAAGAAGCAAAAUUACACUAGUGUGCAUGAAGCAGUGAAAGCUGGGGAUGUAGAACAGCUUGCAUCGAUGAUAAGAAGUGGAGCCAGUAUUAAUGAGGUGGAUGUAGUUCACAAAUUCACACCCUUGCAGUGUGCGGCCCACUCGGGAAGUCUGGAGUGCCUUCAGUGGCUGCUCUGGCAUGGAGCUGACACCGCACGUGUGACUGUGAGAGGCUGGACAGCGGCUCACCUUGCGGCCAUCCGAGGCCAGGACGCCUGCAUGCAGGCCUUGUUACUGAACGGAGCGGACGCAGCAGCUCGGGACGAGCGCGGGUGCACGGCCUCGCACCUGGCUGCAGCCCACGGGCACUCGUACACCCUGCAGACCCUGCUGCGCACUGGGGCGGAUGUAAAUGUUUCGGACAGGAAUGACUGGAAACCUGUUCAUUAUGCUGCUUUUCAUGGUCGCUUGGGGUGUUUGCAGCUUCUUGUUCGAUGGGGAGCAUGUGUAGAUGAUGUGGAUAACAAUGGAAAUCUUCCAGCACAUCUGGCAGCAGUGGAAGGACACUUGCAUUGCUUUAAGUUCUUGGUCGGGAAAAUGGCCAGUGUUACGCACACUCUGAAAGCCAGGAAUGACCAUGGAGAGACUCCAAGGGACUUGGCUGAACGGUUCUACAAAGAUAAUAUUCUGCGAUAUAUUGAUGGUGUGGAAAAUGAGGAGGAACAUCCAGAGACACAGGAAGUUUUAGCUUUCCCAGCUCAUGAUGCUGCUUUUAACGGGGACUUGUUACUGGUUAGAAGACUAGUGAGAAGUGGAGUAGUCAAUAUUAAUGAGAGGAACAAUAAGGGAUCCACUCUCCUGCACAAAGCUGCUGAACAGGGGCAUAUCCAUUGCUUACAGUGGUUGGUUGAAAUGGGAGCUGACUGUGACAUUACAAAUGAUGCUGGAGAGACUCCAAAGGAUGUAGCCAAGAGAUUUGGCCAUCUGGCAGCUGUGGAACUUUUGACACCAAAAACUGGAAACAGUAACUCUAGUGAUGAAGAACUAGAUGCAAACAACAUCAAGUUUUUUGAAAUACAUGGUGUGGAAGGGAGUACAGAUAGCAAAGAAGAUUUAACCCUGGAUAAAGCAGAGAAAAGGAAUGCACGCGUAAGGGCCUAUCACAAGAUUAAAGAGCUUCAGCGACUUCUAGAAAUUGCCUACAGCAACUACAGACAGCUGGGGGGAGUAACUGAAGAGGACAGGAAGAUGAGAAAAGAAGAAAGGAAAGUUGAGAAGGCUGUGAGGGAGCUGGAGGCCCAGCUUGAAUAUGAGCGAGUCAGGCGGGAGAAGCUGGAGAGCCAGCUGGAUGAUUACCGUGCUGAGAUAAACCAGCUCCGAGAGGGCCGGGGGAAGACACGCCCCGCCUCUGCUGCCUCCGCGGAAGCUGAGACAAUGGCCAAGUCUUGCAAAGAUGAAAAUAAAGAAGCAGUCAGCGUGCAGCCCAGGAGGAGUGCGACUACACUGAGGAACGAACCUCAAAGGAGGGGCAGCAGACUGGAGAGGAAAUUAGCUGCAAACAGAUGGAAGAAUUAACAGCUCUAGAGCAGAGCCUCCUAAACCUCCCAGAUUGCUGCAGGUGUGACAGAACAAUUCCAGAAGCCAAUGGCUGGUCUCAGAUGCCGUACCCUGCACAGCAGCAGUGCUGAGAUGGAAGGCCCAGUGCAGCAGCCUGAGGAGCCAUGUUUUCAGGGACACAUCCCAACUAUGCUGAAUACCUCAGAGCACCACAGGCUACAGGGGCUUGUGCUAUUGUCACCCAGCUACUGGAAACUGCACUACAGGAGAGCUGGCUACACCAGGGCUCACAUUAGACAUUCCAGAUUUCCCAUGGAACCAAAAUGACAAUGAAUUUGAAAAUAAGCUGUCAAACACAGCAGCAGUCCUGAAGCCUGAUGAGGUGUCUUUUGUAUUUGUUAUGCUGCUGUUUCAAUUAGAGUUAGAAUAAAGCUAAUUACAUUUUCCUUUGAACUUA